CAAGAUAAAAAUAAUCAUUCUCAUCUGAGUCAUCUCUAUAAAGCCCAAAACACACACUCCUAUCACAAGCAGCGCUUUCUGCUUUGAAACCGAAGCAGCCAUGGCCGCCGCCUCCAUCAAAAGCAACAAUAAUAAGAUCUCUCUUGCCAUGGAGAGGACCGGCCAAUGGGUUUUCUCUCAAGAUAUUCCAACUGACGUCGUGGUCGAAGUGGGUGAAGUCGGUUUUAAUCUUCACAAGUUCAUGCUAGUAGCAAAGAGCAACUACGUAAGGAAACUGAUACUCGAGUCCAAAGUACCGGAUUUAGCAAGGAUCGAUCUCUCCGACAUCCCCGGCGGAGUCGAAAUCUUCGAGAAGGCAGCGAAAUUCUGCUACGGAGUCAACUUCGAGAUCACGGUACACAACGUCGCCGCCCUCCGUUGUGCUGCGGACUAUCUGCAGAUGACGGACAAAUACUCCGACGGCAACCUUGCAGGACGAACCGAGGAUUUUCUCACCCAAGCCGCCUUGACCAGCCUCUCCGGCGCUGUUGUCGUGUUGAAGUCGUGCGAAGAUCUUCUUCCCGUUGCUGAAGAUCUCAAAAUUGUUCAGAGAAGUGUCGAUGUUGCAACCGUUAAGGCUUGUAACGAGGCCAACUUCCCAAGCCGAUCGCCACCAAACUGGUGGACGGAAGAACUCUCGAUCCUCCCCAUGCCCUUCUUCGAAAAGAUCAUCCAAGCCAUGAAAUCGCGCGGCGCCAAGCCCCUAACUCUCGCCACCGCCAUCAUCACCUACGCCGAAAGAUCCCUCGCGUCCCUAUCCCCACAGCACCUCUCCUCCGCCCCGCUCCGCCAGCAAUCCUCGAAUCCCGCCCACAAACAACUCGUGGAAUCCAUCGUCAAACUCCUGCCCCCGGACAAAACCGCCCUCCCCAUCAACUUCCUCUGCCGCCUCCUCCGCACCGGGACCCUCCUCCGAGCCUCGCCCGGAUCGAAAGCCGAGCUCGAGAAGCGGGUCUCGGCGGUUAUGGAGCACGCGACGGUCGACGACCUGCUGGUCCUGUCAUUCACGAGCGACGGGGAGAGCUUGUUGGACUUGGAGAGCGUGAGGAGGGUCGUGUCGGGGUUCGUAGAGAAGGAGAAGAGCGUGGCGGUUUUUAACGCCGGGGAUUUCGAGGAGGUGUGCUCGGCGGCGAUGCAGAGGGUGGCGAAGACGGUGGAUGCGUAUCUGGGGGAGGUUGCGACGUGCGGGGAGCUGAGUAUUUCGAAGUUUAACGGGAUUGCGAAUUUGGUGCCCAAGGCGGCGAGGAAGGUUGAUGAUGAUCUUUACAGAGGCAUUGAUAUCUAUCUGAAGGCCCAUCCGAACCUAGACGAGAUCGAGCGGGAAAAGGUCUGCAGCGCAAUGGACCCACUCAAACUCUCCUACGAAGCAAGAGUCCACGCUUCACAAAACAAACGCCUACCCUUACAAAUCACCCUCCACGCCCUCUACUACGACGAGCUCAAGCUGAGGAGCGGGUCUGAUCUCGGUCACAACACCACGAAAGACGCUCCGACAACUCGAGCCCAGGUCCAGGCCGACGUGUCAUUGAUCAAAGAGAACGAGGACUUGCGCGCCGAGCUACUGAGGAUGAAGAUGUUGGUCACCGAGGUGCAUCAGGGCAAGAACCAGCAGGGGAGCUCCUCCUCUGCCACCAAGGGCGGCGGCGGUGGCCCACGACGGUCGACGUUCUUUUCGUCGGUGUCGAAGAAGCUGGGGAAGUUGAAUCCGUUCAAGAACGGGUCCAAAGAUACGUCUAGCAUUGAGGACGUCGUGGAUAUUACCAAGCCUAGAAAAAGGAGGUUCUCUAUUUCUUAGGGGAGGGAAAAGUUUGUUGAAUUUGUGUAAAAAAAAAAAAAAAUUUGGAUUUUCAGUUUUAAUUUGUGUCAAAGUGUGUGAUUUCUUUUUCAUCCUUGCUUUGUGGGGUGUUUUGUGACAUAGUACAUCUUUUUCGAAUAGUGUGUAUAGGAUCCAUAUAUACUUAAUUUUACGAGGCAAAUUCUUGUUCGGUCAUCGAGGUUAAAA